ACUGUCUACAUACAUACAUCAACAUUCAACACACAGUGUGUUGUUCGAGAGAGAGAAGAAGAAGAAGAAGAAGCGCGAUGAAUGCACCAGACAGAUACGAGCGAUUUGUUGUUCCCGAAGGCACCAAAAAGGUUUCAUACGAGAGAGACACCAAGAUCAUCAAUGCGGCGUCGUUCACCAUCGAGAGAGAAGACCACACCGUCGGCAACAUUCUUCGCAUGCAGCUGCACAGAGAUGAAAAUGUGCUGUUUGCUGGUUACAAGCUUCCUCACCCUCUCCAGUACAAAAUUAUCAUUAGGAUUCACACUGCCAGCCAGUCUUCGCCAAUGCAAGCAUAUAACCAGGCUAUUAAUGAUCUAGACAAGGAACUUGAUCAUUUCAAGAAUACGUUUGAGGCUGAAUUGGCCAAAUUUUCAAGCGGCUUUUAAAGCAUGUGGACGAUCAAGGAAGCGUUGUGUUGAUGGAUGCUCGCAAUUUGGGUUUGAUUGAAGUCGAACAAACACUGAUUUUGGUUAGACUUUCGAUAUCACCUUAUGUAAAUUAGUUAACGACUAGUAAGCCAAUAGUUGAACUUCAAACAUAUGGUAAAAUGAUUAUUCAGAGAUUCCCUGUUGUGAUGUUUGUGUUCCUGUGUAGCUUUUGUCAUAGAAGCUCAGGUGAUGGGAAAUAGGAUAAUCAUUUUCUUCUGUCA